AUGCAACAUCACACAGGGACAAAGCUGUAUAUGUGGGACUUUUGCCAAUGUGAUCCCAAGAAGUGUUCUGGUCGCAAAUUAGUCCGUCAAAAGUUAGUGAAGACGCUUCCGGUGACCUCAGCGUUUCAUGGGAUAUGUUUAACCCCCGACUCUUCUGCCACCCUCUUUCUCCCGAGUGAUGUCGAGCUGAUUAAAAAAGCUGGUCUAGCUGUGAUCGAUUGUUCUUGGAAUGAGUAUUCUGCCGGUCGUGGUGUCGAUGAAGUGAAACGCUUGAAGUAUCGGAACGGCCGUUUUCUACCUUUUUUGAUGGCCGGAAACCCUAUUAACUUUGGGCGGCCCUUCAAAUUGAAUUGUGCCGAGGCCUUAGCUGGUGCUUUAGCUAUCUGUGGGUUAGAAGACGAUGCAAAGAGUGUGAUGGAAGUAUUUACAUGGGGCCAGACCUUUUUAGAUAUCAACAAGAAGGUGAUCGAUGAGUAUAAAGAGUGUACAACCCUAGAAGAGGUCUUAGCCGUUCAAAAGGCGUAUUCGGAAAAUGGCGAAGACGAAAAAGAAAGAAAAGAGAAAGAACGACAAAAGAUGUUUGACAUCCCAGAUAGUGACGACGAUGAGUUGGAAGGCUUCUAUAACCCAAAUCGAAAUGUAGAUGACGAAGAAAGUGGGGACGAUGAUGAUGAUUCAAAUUAA